UUCAAGUCAGUCGCAGAAGUUUGUCGGGGAAUAACGCGUUGUCACGUAAAAACACAAAUACGGGUUUUCAUAAACACAUACUCAUUCCUAUAGCUGAAUAGCAAAAUUCGAAAACAAAAAGUGAUAAGCAUGAAUUCUAAAUUGAUUAUUAUGUGUAUUUGUGUUUGCCUAAGUACAUUAGUCAAUGCACGCCCACAAAACUGGCAAAGUCCAAUUUUCUCCAAUCCAUUUUUGCCUGAACGUCCGGUUACACGUCCCACCACUCCCGCACCGCCUGCCUCUUCUACCACUGUGCCCUCACCACAAUAUCUAGCCUGUUUGGCCGCUUGUCCUUCCACCAUGGAAUAUAAUCCCGUUUGUGGUAGCGACAAUCAGAAUUACCAUAAUCAUGCGCGACUGGAUUGUGCGACACGUUGUGGUCAAGUUGUUUCCUACGUACGAAUGGGUACAUGUAACGCGUUAUAAAAACCUGGAAGCAGAUUUGAAAUAAAAUUGUUUCUUGUUUUUAAGUAUA